AUAAAUGAAGACCAACCAAGAAAUUCCAACAUGUGGUGUUUUGACGAGAAUUGCACGCAUUAAAUUCCCACAAAGACACCCAAAAUCAUCAACCUUAGGUUCUACGUGUUCACAAGCACAGCAUGAAACUGAAAGUAUAGAGUCAGAUGUCCCAACACCACCCAGAAACGCUGCAGCGGGAGGGAAAGCUUCUCUUCAGGCAGAACGUACACCUGGGCUUGGCCAAGGAAAUAGAAGCCAUUCUAUUGGGUGGAUGCAUUUGAAUUUGAAUUUGAAUUUGAUGAUGGAGGAGAAAGUGGAGAAACACCGUGUUUCAAAACGACAACUUGGGAGUUGAGUAGGGUUGCAGAGAAAGAUGAUGUCUUCU